AUGGGCUCCUACUCUUCGAACUUCCUCCGCUUGCUUUCUUAUACAAAACGCCUGACCCAUCACGUCAAUCAAGGCCGCCAUCACCAAGCUCUCACCCUCUUUCGAGAAAUCCACUCUUCUUUAUCUCUUUCCUUAGACCCUUUCAUUUUCCCCCUUGCUCUCAAGUCCUGUGCAUUCCUCCUCUGCCCGCUUCUUGGCGCAUCCAUCCACUCCCUCACUCUGAAAUCCUCUUUCAAUAAAAAUCCAUUUGUUGCCUGCGGUCUUGUUGACAUGUAUGGAAAAUGCGUCUCCAUUUCCUCUGCUCGCCAACUGUUUGAUGAAAUGUGCGUAAGAAACGUUGUUUUAUGGAACUCCAUGAUUUCGCUGUAUACACAUUCUAAGAAUAUGCAGAAUGCCUUGCAGUUGUUCGGGGCGAUGGAUGAAUUGCCUAACGCGUCGACUUUCAAUACGAUUAUCAUGGGUUUGUUGGAAAUAGAGGGGAAGUUGUUUGAAGCCUUAGCUUUCUAUAGAAAAAUGUGGGAGAUGAGUUUGAAGCCGAACUUAAUUACAGUACUUGCUUUAUUACGUGCUUGUGCGGGGAUUGCAGCAUUGGAUUUGAUCAAAGAGAUACAUGGCUAUUCAAUAAGGAAUGAUAUUGAUCCACACCAGCAUUUUAGGAGUGGCCUAGUGGAAACCUAUGGGCGAUGUGGGUGUCUUGAUAAAGCACAUGUUGUCUUUGAGAGCAUGGCAGAAAAAGACGUGGUUGCCUGGAGUAGCCUCAUAUCUGCCUACGCACUGCAUGGGAUGGCCAAAAAGGCACUCUGGGUAUUUGAACAAAUGGAAAUGUCGAAUGUAAAGCCUGAUGAGAUCACUUUUCUUGGAGUAUUGAAGGCAUGUAGUCAUUCGGGAUUAGCUGAUGAAGCACGUAUGCACUUUUCUCGAAUGCAUAGUUAUUAUGGCAUAGAAGCAAAUGGUGAUCACUAUGCUUGUCUAGUGGAUGUUUUGAGUAGAACUGGGAGACUAUACGAGGCAUACGAAGUUCUAAAAGGGAUGAAAAUAAAAGCAACUGCAAAAGCUUGGGGAGCGCUUUUUGGAGCUUGUCGAACUUAUGGGGAAGUGGAGCUAGCAGAAUUAGCUGGUACGGCUUUAUUUGAAAUAGAGCCAGAGAAUCCAGCUAAUUACAUACUGCUGGCAAGAAUUUAUGCUAGCAAGGAGAGAUAUGAGGAAGCCGAAAAGUUUACAAGAGAAAUGAAGGAGAGAGGGGUGAAGGCGGCACCUGCCCCCGAAAUCAAUCUCCAUCAAACCCUAAAGUCUUGUAUCCUCGCUUCAGGUUUUAUAGGCGCUGAUGAUUGA